UCACAUUUGCAUUGACAGUGUGAAGGGGACAACAAAGACGGCGAAGUGAGCGCAGACUGCGCGCACGCAUCCGGCCGAGCAGCAGCACCUGCGUGCGCGGAAACGCACGAUCCCUUUCCUGUAGUGCCUCUGAAAGAACGUCCCAAACUGACAGGGCGAUCAACAGUAACUCUUGGUUGGACAUCUGGACACGCCACACGAGGAAAUCCGUAGGUGGAGAAGAUCAGAAAAAGGUAUGGCGGCAGCUUUACCCAGAACCCUUGGGGAGUUGCAGCUCUACCGUAUUCUGCAGAGGGCAAACUUGCUGUGCUACUACGACGCCUUCAUCCAGCAGGGCGGCGACGAUGUGCAGCAGCUGUGCGAGGCCGGCGAGGACGAGUUCCUGGAGAUCAUGGCGCUGGUGGGCAUGGCCAGCAAGCCGCUGCACGUGCGGCGUCUGCAGAAGGCCCUGCGCGACUGGGUCACCAACCCCGCCCUCUUCAACCAGCCGCUGACCUCCCUGCCCGUCUGCAGCAUCCCGGUCUACAAGCUGCCCGAGGGCUCGCCCACGCUGCUGUCCAGCUGUGAGCCCCACGUCAAAGUGCCCAAGUGCAUCGCGGCCGCCUGCGUGGACCCCUGCAAGCCGGAGCCCCCCGGUGGCCGUGUGGCAGGCGGCUCCCCUCUGCGCAGCGGCACCGAGCCCCGCUUUUGGGCCGGCCACAGCACCGAGAGCGAGCGCAGCCUGUCCCCGGCCGAGCUGGGCUCGCCGUCCUCGCCUCGCGACAGCCUGGAGGCGCUGGACGCGGCUGCCGUGCAGUCGGUGACAGAGUGCGUGGACAGGAUGGCACAGGCGCUCCCCAGGACCGAGCUGGCGGACGUCAGGGAGCAGCUGAAGGGGAACAAGAGGCUGGCCAAGAUGAUCAGCCACAUCUUCGACAUGAGUGACGACGACCCUCACAGACAGGAGGAGAUUCGCAAGUACAGCGCCAUCUACGGCCGCUUUGACUCCAAGAGGAAGGAUGGCAAACACCUAACACUGCACGAGCUGACGGUGAAUGAGGCUGCCGCGCAGCUGUGUAUGAAGGACCCAGCGCUGCUCGCUCGCCGAGACGAGCUCUUCAGCCUGGCACGACAGGUCUCCCGUGACGUCACCUACAAGUACACCUACCGCACAAGCAAAUCACGAUGUGGGGACCGGGAUGAGCCCUCUCCCAAGAGGAUAAAAACCGAGGAAGGAUUUUUCGACCUCCAGGAGGCACUGCAGGUGAUCCACAUGCAGCAGGAGACCCUGAGGGAGCAGAUGGCACACGCCAAGUCAAAGGGGGAGGAGAAUGUGGCCCGAAACAUCCAGGUGCAGCUGGAGCGGCUGUUGGGCCGGCAGGUGGAGAUUCUGCGGGACGUUUCGGGUCAGGAGCGACUGCAGGCCCUGGACUGGAGGGUUCCCCCCGCGGCCGGCAGGCACGGCGCUUCCGCUGACCGAGCCAGCGAGAGGCCAGAGAGGCCUCUGAACCUGCACAUGCGCGGGGCCCGGCAGGGCGCAGCCGAGGGGGAGACUCCCCUGGGGAAGCAGCUGGCCAGCGAACUCAAGAGGAACCACAGCGCUGUGGAGGGCAGGACGCUGUCCUCAGAAAAUGGGAUUGGGACAGACCUCUCCCAACACGUGCUCAACCUCUCUGAGAAGAAGACCAUCAAAACCGAGCCGGAGGACUCCAGAUAGCCCCUGCACGAACUCCCCCCCUACCCCCCCGUCCCACCGAGAGUUUCUGUCCGUCAUAGAAUACUAAGCAAGCACAGCUACAGAGCCUUAACAACCAACGUUGCCUCGAAAAAUGUGUUCUUCUACUUACUUUCAUUUUGCCAAAGCACCUAGAAUCCUUAGUCUCGCAGCUUCCUGUCUUGACAACAGGGCUGAAACAGGCCUUUUAUGUGAUGUUUUUCUGAAAAAUACUAUACAUUAGGUUAUUUAAGAAUGUUCUGUGUCCAAAAAGAGAACAUUCUGAGCAUUUCCUAUGGAACUGAGGGAUCAGCUUUCUAAUACAUUACUUUGAAUGAAUCUCAUUUGGAAAAAUUGAUGUCCCAGCUCAUUUGGAAAUGUGUGUAUUGGCAGAGAAAGGUAAGGAGCUGACACCGAUAUACUUGGAUAUUGGACCACAUGUUUUCUGAUCCAGCACAAUCUGAAGAGAUAUUCUGAAAAUGAGGUGUUGUGUCAGCUGGAGACUGAAUAUUGAGGGCUACUGGAGGAGAAAUGCAAUGAUUUAGAUUUAGCAAUCGCCAGACUCCUGCAUUCUGCCAAAAAUUACACCGUUAGGAAGCACAAUUCCUGUCCUGCUGUUGCUUCUGUCUGCUCCAGAAAGAUGGCACUCUUUCAAAUCUUUAUGAAAUCAUAUGAUGCUUUACAAAAGAAUUAGGAUUUUGUACAUAUUUUUAGAAUAGUAACAAUAACUUGAUCUAAAAGCAGGGUCUUUUUCACUGUGUCACUCCACAGUGUAUCUUACCGCAUUGGUUCCAGUUCUAUGUAUAUGUAAGUAGAGCAAUACCUAUUUGCUGUUUUUGAGAAACAGUGGAAGUGUCUGGUUAUUCCACCUCUGGUAUUACUGUACUAUAUUUCUGUGUUGACUAGUGUAGUCUUAGUCCUUGGUCUGACUGAGAAUAACGUGUAGCUGAUAUGCACCAGUAUUUGAUCCUACGUACAACAUUGUGUGGUGUUAGAAUUAGCAUAGAAGUAUUCAACAUUUCUCAGUUAAGUGACUGGUGUACAUUUUGUAGGGGUGUGUGCGUGUCUGUGUCUGUUCAUGUGUUUGUAAAAGAGGCAGUCUGUUUCCCUGUCAUGAAAGGUGUGGAUGGAGCUUCUAGUCAGGUUUCUCUUUUAUCUCACCUGGAGCAUCUUGUUCAGGCUGGAUCUGCAUGCAAAUGACAGCUGAUGAUGGGUUUCCUUCAUCUAGCAACAGUGACUCACUGUUGUCCAAAACCACAUGCAGUCUUUUUAGAGCCAAUGUGAAAGGACUUUGUGGCUCCAUUCAUUAUAUAUUUACACAGAAAUAAGAAACAUCUUUGCUCAUUUGUAAAGUUCCACCUGAAACAUUUGAUGAGGGAACAUGAAGACUUCAGUGAGAGAGAUUGUUAGAAUAUCUAAUGUUUAGUGGUCUCAUUUAAGAUAUUCAUAAGGUAAAGUGAAAUUGUUCAUCUACCUUUUCCCACAUUAUUAAAAUUGAGUGAAAUGGUUUUCUGUUUUUAAAACAUUUAGGAAUAGGAAACGGGAACAUUUUUAUUACUUUAGGCAGAAAAUGUAUCAGUACUGUCCUGGAGGAUGGGGUCCAAUGUAGACAGGAGUUAGGAGAUGUAGCCUGUCUGGAAAAAUCUUCACUGUAUAUCAAAACAAGUCUGUGUGGAGCACUAAAACUGUGGCACCUCUGGUAUAAAAAAUAACUGAAUUAAUUUCAGUUGGUUAAUAGCUGUCAACAGCUCUGACGUGAAUGCACCACAAACAGUGCAGCAAAUAUGCAACUCCCAGUGAACCUUCUUACCAAGGGUGUUACCCUGACUCCUAACAUUGUUAAAGAAUGUUAUCUGGACUUCUGACAUUGUCCUGCUGUUCAGAACCACUUCUUGUUUUUUGUAUUUUUUUUUUUUUG